AUGAAGGUCGCAUCCCUAUCUUUAACUGCUUUAGCACUGCUUCAGUUGUCAGCUGCAGAGCCCAACCGACGGACUGUCCAGCAGAGAUAUGCUCAUCGAAGGGCAUUUGCUCCCAAGCGUGGUCAACUGACCAUCACAGACUCGUCCAUCUCCUCACCCACUGAGGUACCAGAGGUUGUGGUCUAUGUUAAUCAGUUUGGUAAGCCCAUCCGUACUGCGACUGAGAUUGUUGUGAUUGUUCCAGCCACUACCUCGUCUGCCAUCUUGUCCUCGACUCUUGCAUACUCCACGUCUGUUAGGGCCUCAGUUGUCUCUGCUGGGACGGCGGCGAAGCCUGAAGCAACCCAGGAUGUUUCUACACCGGUUGCCUACGCUACCGCAUCCUCUGUAUCUGCGCCGAGCUCCACCCCUACUAAGGACUCGGUCUCGAAGGACCCCCAACCGAGUCCAUCUACUGCUACAUUAGCCCAACCUACCAGUGGCGACACCAACUUGCACGGAAUAACAUACUCGCCUUACAAGGGGACUGGUGGAUGCAAGUCUGCAUCCGAGGUCGAUGCCGACUUUGCCGUCUUUGCUGAGGACCAUGGGGUUGUUCGCCUUUAUGGCGUCGACUGUAACCAGGUUGCGACGGCCUAUGCUGCAGCCAAGAAGUACGGCAACAAGCUCUUCCUUGGUAUCUUCGACAUCAGUGUUGUCGAAUCGGCCGUCUCUACCAUCGCCGCUGGUGUCAAAAAUGACUGGAGCAUCGUCGAUACCGUCAGCGUUGGAAAUGAGUUGGUCAACAAUGGUGCAAAAACCUCUGCUCAAGUUGUAGCCGCUAUCAACCAAGCCCGUACUGCAUUGCGGAGCAACGGCUACCAAGGUCCAGUCGUCACUGUCGAUACAUUUGUCGCGGCGAUCAACCAUCCCGAACUUUGCAACGAAUCCGACUACUGCGCUGUUAACGUCCAUCCUUUCUUCGACCCUAACACAGGUGCAGAUCAGGCAGGUUCCUUUGUCGCCAAUCAAAUAAAGCGUAUUCGCAGCAAACUUUCUGAUUCUAGCAAACGCAUUGUUGUCACUGAGACGGGCUGGCCUUGGAAGGGCGAGGCCAAUGGUGCUGCCGUUCCUAGCUUGGACAACCAAGCCGUGGCAAUCACCUCCAUUCAAGGCUCUUUCUCCAGCAAUCCUGCAGAUUGCAUCAUGUUCACCGCUUUCAACGACCCGUGGAAGCAGGCCGAUGCUGGGACGUUUUUUGCCGAGCAAUAUUGGGGCAUGAGAGGUCGAUACUCGGCCGCGGACAGGUAG